CAAGAUCAACAGACCAGCUGCAGCACUCUGACAUCAAACAGGAGCUCAGAGCUGCAGGUGUGCCCACAAAUGAUGCCAAACCUAACUGACAGCGUAGAGAUCAACUCUACCGACUGUCCAUCCAUUGAUGACUUCCGUAACAAGGUUUACUCCACAGCCUACUCCCUCAUCAUUGUGUUUGGCCUGGUUGGGAACGGCUUAGCUCUGGUGGUGCUGAUCAGAACGCGCCGCCAGAGCUCACCCUUUCACGUCUACAUGAUGAACCUGGCAGUGUCUGACCUGCUGUGUGUUAUGACUCUGCCACUGCGAGUCCUCUACUAUGUCAACAAGGGCCAGUGGAACCAGGGGGAUUUCCUCUGUCGCAUCAGCUCCUACGCCCUCUAUGUAAACCUCUACUGCAGUAUCUACUUCAUGGCUGCCAUGUCCUUCACACGCUUCCUUGCCAUUGUGUUCCCUGUGCAGAACCUGCGGCUGGUUACAGAGCACCGCGCGCGCCUGGUGUGUUUCGGUGUCUGGGUGUUUAUCUGUCUUUCAUCCUCACCCUUCCUGAUGGGUGGCCAGACUGUUGAUCCCAAAACAAAUAAAACCAAGUGCUUUGAGCCUCCAGGAGGUGGAGCACUGAAGAAACUGUUCGUGCUGAAUUACAUAUCUCUGGUGAUUGGCUUUGUGCUGCCCUUCCUGGUCAUCCUGAUCUGCUACGCAGGCAUAGUCCGCACCCUGAUGUCCCGCAACCCUUCUGCCCAGCGCCAGCGGGACACAGGCACCAGAGUCAUCCGGAUGAUCGUCAUCGUCCUGCUGACCUUCCUCAUCAGCUUCAUGCCAUACCACGUGCAGCGCACCAUCCACCUGCAUUUCCUGUCCCGGGAGGACUCCACCUGCUCCGAGAAAUUUGCCAUGCAGAAGUAUGUUGUGGUGACACUGAGCCUGGCAGCUGCCAAUUCAUGCUUUGAUCCACUGCUUUAUUUUUUCUCUGGAGAAGGUUUCCGCAGUCGCUUGUCCUCCAUGCGCAGGUCGAUGAAGAGCAGCAUGCAGAACCAAGUAGGUAGGGUGAACCCCGUUGUGGGCUCUGAGUGUGGGGAAAAUUACCAGCUGAAGGCCAGUAAACGAGCGGUCGUUGAACAAGCAGCUUAG